AACCAUCGGGACAUCAAAACCGUUAACUCUUCGGUGGAAGUGUCUGAAAAGGACAAGAAACAAAGGAGGCAGAGAUGCAUUUCGUUCUGCAUUGCCGACUGGGUGAUGUUCACCAUGUCGCUUCAGUUUUCGAUCUACUUCGCGUCACUGUGGCCGUAUUUGUCUCAGGUAAACAUCGACAAAAAUGCGACCGAAAAUUUUUUUGGCUGGGUAGUCGCCACUUAUUGCUUAGGUCAAAUCGUCGGAUCUCCAUUGUUCGGUAUGUGGAGUAACCGCAGAGGGUCGGUAAGAGUGCCAUGCCUCACGUCUCUAAUUAUUACCGUAUUCGGAAAUGCUUUGAUGGUAUGUGCCGAAGGAUUUCCAGCCAACAAUCGCUUCGUGGUGCUGUGCGCAAGGUUCGUGAUGGGGUGUGCUGCAGGUAGGUAAUG